UUUUAUUUUUAGAAAAAAUCGAUGUAUUUGUGGUUUAUACCGAUAGUGAAACAUGGUUUGGUGAUAUUCAUCCAACAGCAGCAUUAAAGAAAUAUCGUCAAGAAAUGGAUUGUCCAAAUGCAAAAUUAAUUGUUGUUGGAAUGCAAUCAAAUGGUUUUACUAUUGCUGAUCCAAAUGAUAAAGGCAUGCUUGAUGUUGUCGGUUUUGAUUCAGCUGCUCCACAAGUUAUGUCAUUAUUUGCUGAGGGAGAAAUAUAA